AAAGCGGCUGGGGACCUGCACAGUUGAAAUCUUCAGUGAAGUCCACGGGGCGUAGAGAGUUAAUAGAAAGUCUGAUGGUUGAAGAUGCAGUUCUUUACGUUCGUGGAUACAUGGAAUGCGUAUCAAGCAAUCAAGCAAGUCUGAAGAUCGGCUUUUCACGAUGUCAAGGUCCAGUCUCAUUCAGUGGAAACCGCAUUUCACGAUAUGGCUUCCGGGAAAAGCAAACGAUGAAUUUACGCUGAGUAGCGACUUCUUCAGAACGCAUUACAAAAUACGUCACAACGGUGUUAUCAUCGCAGAGGCUGUACAGAAGUGGGUGCUCUGCUUCAAAAAGGAAAUGGCGCUUACAGUGAGACCGGGAGUCGACCAAGCAUUCGUAGCAGCACUUCUCGUCAUCAAGAGACAGAUAGUCCCUCACGGACAGGGUGGCGGAGUUUGAGUAUAAGCAAAAAAUACAGGAAAAGAUACAACACAUUUUUGAACUGUACAUACGGAUUGUUUCCUCCACUCCCGAAUUGUUCUACCUACGCCGAGGUAGAUCGUAUGGUGAUCCAAACCCCGUUUCAAUAUGAAUGGAUGCAAGAUGGCCGGAAAUCACAAUGUAGGAAGCUCCAGGUUCUUGUCCGAGGCCGUUACCUAUUGCAGCCAGACUGUUGUCAGUGCCUCUCUCUCUGUUACACUACUCCUCCAAGCGCAACAAUAUUGCAAGAUAGCGGCCUAUUUC